AUGACUUCGCUCACUGAAGGAUCCCUCGCAGGCACCUGGAAGCGUACGCGGUCAAAUUUUGCGUCUGCUGGAAAAGAAUUGAUUGUGGACCCUUGGAAACGUCUAAAAUGGGGCUUCAUUCCUGUCAAGAGAAUAGUCGACGAAAACUAUGAAGAUACUGCGGUUGCUGGUGAACAGCAUGAGGAGAUCUUAGAAAAAGAAGAAUCUAAGGUCAUACCAAGUAGUGAGUCACAGGGCUCAAAAAUAUCCGAUUUAACUGACGAAAAAACUAACGAAGGAGCGCCAGCCAAUCUUAAAUUGGAGUACAGAGAUGAAGCUGACCGCAAAUGGUGGAGUUUCUUCAAUGAACAAGAAUAUCGUGUUCCUAACUUGAAAUCCAAAAACUCAAAAUGGUGGCAAUGGUUUGGUCCUGAUGUUUCAACCAAAGAGAAAAAGCUCUUGCUCAAACUUGAUAUUCUUUUGGCAUUCUAUUCUUGUAUUGCUUACUGGGUUAAAUACCUAGAUACCGUUAACCUGAAUAAUGCCUACGUUUCAGGAAUGCAGGAGGAAUUGAACUUCAAAGGCAACGAUUUGGUUCAAACUCAAGUUAUGUACACUGUGGGCAAUAUUAUCUUUCAAAUCCCAUUUUUGUUUGUAUUGAACAAAGUCCCUUUGAAUUAUCUACUACCAACAUUAGAUAUUUGCUGGUCCAUUCUCACUGUGGGUGCAGCAAAAGUAAACUCUGUUCCUCACUUGAAAGCUAUCAGAUUUUUCAUCGGUGCUUUCGAAGCACCAUCCUAUUUGGCUUAUCAAUACUUAUUUGGCUGUUUUUAUAAGCAUGACGAAAUGGUUCGUCGCUCAGCGUUCUACUACCUCGGUCAAUAUGCCGGUAUUCUCUCUUCAGGUGGUAUUCAAUCUGCAGUAUAUGCAACCAUGAAUGGAAAAAACGGACUUUCAGGUUGGAGAUGGAAUUUUAUCAUUGAUGCAAUUAUCUCAGUUGUGGUAGGUAUUAUUGGAUUCUAUUCUUUACCAGGCGAUCCUUACAACUGCUACUCGAUUUUCUUAACUGAUGAUGAAAUACGAUUGGCACGUAAACGUUUGGAUGAGAAUAAUACCGAAAAAUCUGAUUUUUCAUCCAAGAUAUUUGACAUUAAAGUCUGGAAGAGAAUUGUUUUUGAUUGGAAGAUUUACGUUCUCACGCUAUGGAAUGUAUUCUGUUGGAACAAUAAUAACGGUUCAUCAGGUGCUUAUCUAUUGUGGUUGAAAUCUUUGAAACGCUUCUCUGUUCCAGAAUUGAAUAGGCUAAGUAUGGUCACCCCUGCUCUAGGUAUGAUCUACUUGACACUAACAGGAUUAUUUGCCGAUAAAUUGCAUUCAAGAUGGGGGGCAAUUCUUGCGACACAGGUCUUCAAUUUCAUGGGAAAUGUGAUUCUCGCCGCAUGGAACGUACCUGAAGGUGCGAAAUGGUUUGCUUUCAUGUUACAAUAUUUUGGCUGGGCCAUGGCCCCAGUAUUGUAUUCGUGGCAGAAUGAUAUAUGUCGUCGUGACGCCCAAGCUAGAUCUGUGACAUUGGUAAUAAUGAAUAUGCUCGCACAAACAUCAACAGCUUGGAUAUCGGUAUUGGUGUGGAAAACUGUAGAAGCACCACGUUAUCUCAAAGGUUUCACGUGGACUGCGGUCGCAUCAUUUUGUCUUUCUGCGUGGACAUUCGUCGUGCUCUGGUUCUACAAACGCGAUGAGAAACGUAACGCGAGAGCAAAUGGUAUUGUUCUGUACAAUUCAAAGACGGGAGAAAACUACCCACCAAAAGACCAUGAGGCUUAA